ACAAACACUGAUGAGCACGGUGGAAAGGAGAGCAUCAUGUCAUUGCAAACACUUUCCAGCAGGUUUCUGUUUAAACUUUUUGAUCAUGGCGUCACUUCGUCAUGCAAACCGUUCAGAGGACGGCUUGAAGCAGCCACAGUGCUGGGACGGAGCUCCAUCAGGGGACAUUUCAACACUAAGAAACCCAGGUAUCCUGAUUCGAGCCAGGUCCGGGUGGUGGACCUCCGCAGCGACGCGGUGACGAAGCCCGGGCCGGCGAUGAGGAAGGCUAUGGGCGAGGCAGUGGUCGGCGAUGACGCGUUGGCAGAGGACCCUACUGUCAAUGAGUUACAGGAACUUGCUGCUGACAUGUUCGGGAUGGAAGAGGCACUGUUUGUUUCUACUGGAACUAUGAGUAAUCUCAUCGCAGUGAUGGUGCACUGCAGGGAGCGAGGAGAUGAGAUGAUUGUAGGCGAUCUAUCCCAUUUGCAGAUCUACGAGCAAGGGGGGAGUGCACACCUGGCUGGUGUUCAUGCAGCCACAGUAACUACCCUUCCCGAUGGAACUUUCGAUUUGGAUCAGCUGGAAUCAAAGAUCUACCAUGGUUACCCAAAUCCGCGUAACCCCCGAUCACGCCUCAUAUGUUUGGAGAACACACACAACAUACAGGGAGGACGUGUGCUACCACUGACCUUCCUGCAAGAGGUCCGAGCUCUGGCGGAUAGAUACGGUCUGUCUGUCCACAUGGAUGGAGCCAGAGUGAUGAACGCAGCUGUGGCACAGGGAGUGUCUCCAUCUACCAUCCUGCAGCACACAGACACUGUCAGUGUGUGCCUCUCCAAGGGUUUGGGUGCGCCAGUAGGAACUAUGCUAGCUGGACCCAAAGACUUCAUAUCCCGUGCACGCCACUGCCGUCAAGCUCUGGGUGGAGGGCUGCUACAGGUUGGUGUUCUUGCAGCAGCUGGAAAACUGUCUUUACUUGAGAUGAUAGGAAGACUGGAGGAGGAUCACCGCAAUGCAAAAACUUUUGCUCAAGCAUUGCUGGACUGUGACCCUCCAAUUUUUGAUAUUGACAUGGCUGCCGUGGAGACAAACAUCCUGUGUUUCCGUCUGCGGGAGCACACCCUAAGCCCCUCUGAGUUUUGUGCUCGCAUGGGUCAGGUUGGCGAGAGAGAGGAGGCUGCUCUGGGACAGGGGGUAGUAGUUCUCAUCGACCCUUAUUAUGGAAAUUUAGUUCGGGCUGUGUGGCAUCUUGAUAUUUCCUCUGAAGACACACAGCUGGCCAUCCAGAAGAUGCAAUUUGUUGCUUCUCAGUUCUUAGAGGAAAAGCUACGGACCCAGUGAAUACUGAUAUCCUCCAAGAUAUGUCAUCUAGUCUUGUGGUUCUCAACUGGUUGAGUCUCGGGACCCACCAUCAACUCCUCCAAGAGAAUAGUACAGCUUGACCUCAGACGGUACAAAAGUUAGACAAACAAAGAAACAGGACAAAGCAAGUAUAUAUAUUUUUAAAGAGUUUCACAGACAAUAUGGUGCAAUUGUUAAACUCAGGCACACAUCCAUGACCCACUGGGAAGGAAGUACCAACCCACCAUUUGAGAACCACUGAUUAAGCCAGUAGGACUGGUCACAGAAAAUUAGCAGACUUAUCAAGAAUGGGCUCAAUGGCAUACACGCUGGAAAAUAUUUAGUCCUUUUUAUUGAAGAAGUCUUUAUAUCAUAACUUUAAAUCGACUUUUUUCAUAUUUUUAUCAAAGUUCUAAUAAAUCUAUUCAAUCUUUUUGUUAUAUUUUCUCUAUUUUCUCAAGUAUGGGUGUUUCUAAUCUUAAUGUUUAAUCGUCUUAAAUCUUUAAGAAUUUCAUAUUUUCUUGAAAAACAUGAUACUGUAAGCAUUAUGGUCCAAUAUGGAUAUUGGUACUGAUAUAUAGAUGUAGUCAAUACCUAAAACUCUAGUCCAGGGAUGGGCAAAUUUGGUUACUGAGAGGGCCACAUUUAAAAAAACAAAAAAUACAUAGUGUUAUCAUGCAAAUGGAAAUAGUAAUGCUUAAUUUAUUUAGCUCGGCACAGAUUUUAAAACAGUAUAGUGUGCUGAUAUGCACUGAACAUAAAAGUUACUGGUUAUUCUCAUAUUACCUUCAUACCUAUGUUAAUAUACAAAUGCAUUUAUGAUGCACACAAUUUUUAAAGACAGUUAAGGCCAAUUGUAUCUCUAAUUUU